AGCAUCCGACACCACUUGAGUUUCCGUACAAUAGAAUUUGUUUCCCUACAAAAGGUUACCACCAUUCAUUAUAAACCCCAUCAAUGGCUGCCAAGCCUCAAACUUCCGACCAAGAUGUCAAAACCGCCGUGCCGGAGAGAUACAAACACCCAGUUUUCCGGGGAGUUCGAAAGCGGACUUGGGGAAAAUGGGUGUCGGAAAUCCGUCAACCGCGAAAGAAGACCCGCAUUUGGCUCGGAACCUUUUCCACCCCGGAGAUGGCCGCUAGAGCUCAUGAUGCAGCCGCCUUAUCGAUCAAAGGUCCUUCCGCUAUUCUUAAUUUCCCCGAACUCAAAGACUCAUUACCUCGUCCUGUUUCUCUCUCUCCUCGUCACGUCCAAGAAGCGGCUGCAAAAGCAGCCGCUAUGUUCAAGUUUAGCGAACCUCCAACGUCGCCAUUACAACAACCGUUGGCUGAUUCCACUCAAGUGGAAAAACUCGAUGAGAUCAUCGAGUUACCAAGUUUAAAAGGGUGUUUGGACUCACCAUACGAGUUGGACGGGUUUGACUCGGUGGACCGGUGGGUGUAUCCGUCGUGGUCGGUGGCCGACAUGGAUGGUUUUCUUGAUUAUAUUUCCGAUCAGGUGACGGAGAACAAUGGCAGUAUGUUCAUGUGGGAUUGUUAGUGGCUGUUGUACUUGAAGAUAUAGUUACAAUAUACACUUUUUUAAACGUACUGUCAAAUAUAUACAUAUAUUUUUACUUUAUUUUGUUUAUUGUUCAUAUUUAUUUUUUCCGCAUGUUGUAUAUAACUUGUUAUACAUAAAUAAGUGGUCUGUAUAUUUUUUGACGUUUAAUAAUUGAUUUUUGUAAUAUUAUUAAUGUGUAAUGUAAUAGCAUGUUUAGCUAUA